AUGGCGGACAAGAAGCUGGUGGUGGUGUUUGGAGCCACAGGUGCCCAGGGUGGCUCUGUGGCCCGGGCUCUCCUGGAGGACGGGACAUUCACAGUCCGAGUGGUGACUCGGAACCCUGGACAACAGGCAGCAAAGGCAUUGAAGCUACAAGGUGCAGAAGUGGUUCAGGGAGACCAGGAUGAUGAGGCCAGCAUGGAGCGGGCCCUGACCGGGGCCUACGCCACCUUCUUCGUGACCAACUACUGGGAGAACCUUAGCCAGGAGCAGGAGAUCAAGCAGGUGAGGGCAGACAGGGUUUUCAAGGCUGGAAUGCUGCUGGCUGACCUGGCCAAGCACCUGGGUCUUCGCUAUGUGGUCUACAGUGGUCUAGAGAACGUCAAGAAGCUGACGGGUGGGAAACUGGCCGUCGGCCACUUUGAUGGCAAAGGCGUGGUAGAGGAAUAUUUCCGGAACAUCGGCGUUCCCAUGACCAGUGUGCGGCUGGCCUGUUACUUCGAGAAUCUCUUAUCCUACUUCUUGCCCAGGAAGGCACCAGAUGGAAAGAGCUACCUGCUAAGCCUGCCCAUGGGUGACAUUCCUAUGGACGGGAUAGCUGUAGAGGACCUGGGUCCAGUGGUGCUGAGCUUACUGAAGACGCCCCAAGAGUACGUUGGCCAAGACAUCGGGCUCAGUACCUGCAGACACACUGCAGGGGAAUAUGCUGCCCUCCUCUCUCAACACAUUGGCCAGACUGUACACGAUGCCAAGACAACUCCAGAGGAAUAUGAGAAGCUUGGCUUCCCUGGGGCCCAGGAUCUGGCCAACAUGUUCCGUUUCUAUGCCAUGAAACCUGACCGCAACAUCGAAUUGACCCUGAGGCUUAACCCCAAGGCCAGGACCCUGAACCAGUGGCUGGAGCAACACAAAGGGGAUUUUGCCCGGCUGUGA